GCCCUGUUUUGUCUUCUAGACCCGAAGGAUCGAGGCUCCCGGACGACGAGGAAACACCCAAAAUGGCAUCGGAGAGCGGGAAGCUGUGGGGCGGCCGGUUUGUGGGCGCAGUGGACCCCAUCAUGGAGAAGUUCAACUCGUCCAUCAGCUACGACCGGCAACUGUGGGAAGUGGAUGUGCAGGGCAGCAAGGCCUAUAGCCGGGGCCUGGAGAAGGCAGGGCUCCUCACCAAGGCCGAGAUGGACCAGAUACACCGUGGCCUGGACAAGGUGGCUGAGGAGUGGGCCCAGGGCACCUUCAAACUAAAUCCCAAUGAUGAGGACAUCCACACAGCCAAUGAGCGGCGUCUAAAGGAGCUCAUUGGUGAAACCGCAGGGAAACUACACACAGGACGAAGUCGGAACGACCAGGUGGUCACAGACCUCAGGCUGUGGAUGCGGCAGAACUGCUCAACACUCUCUGCCCUCCUCCGGGAGCUCAUCAGGACCAUGGUGGACCGGGCAGAGGCGGAACGUGACAUCCUCUUCCCAGGGUACACACACCUGCAAAGGGCUCAACCCAUCCGCUGGAGCCAUUGGAUCCUGAGCCAUGCAGUGGCACUGACCAGAGACUCUGAGAGGCUGCUAGAGGUGCAGAAGCGGAUCAAUGUUCUGCCCCUAGGGAGUGGGGCCAUUGCAGGCAAUCCUCUGGGUGUGGACCGGGAGCUGCUCCGAACAGAACUGAAGUUUGGGGCCAUCACCGUCAACAGCAUGGAUGCUACCAGUGAGCGAGACUUUGUGGCUGAGUUCCUGUUCUGGGCUUCGCUGUGCAUGACCCACCUCAGCAGGAUGGCUGAGGACCUCAUCCUCUACGGCACCAAGGAAUUCAGCUUUGUGCAACUCUCCGACGCCUACAGCACCGGAAGCAGCCUGAUGCCCCAGAAGAAAAACCCAGACAGCCUGGAGCUGAUCCGCAGCAAGGCGGGGCGAGUGUUUGGACGGUGCGCUGGGCUCCUGAUGACCCUCAAGGGACUUCCGAGCACCUACAACAAGGACUUACAGGAGGACAAGGAAGCCGUGUUUGAAGUGUCAGACACCAUGAGUGCCGUCCUCCAGGUGGCCACCGGCGUCAUCUCCACGUUGCAGAUUCACCGUGAGAACAUGGUGCGGGCUCUUAGUCCUGACAUGCUGGCCACUGACCUCGCCUAUUACCUGGUCCGCAAAGGGAUGCCAUUCCGCCAGGCCCAUGAGGCCUCUGGGAAAGCAGUGUUCAUGGCUGAGACCAAGGGGGUCGCCCUCAACCAGCUGUCAUUGAAGGAGCUACAGACCAUCAGCCAACUGUUCUCGAGUGAUGUGAGCCACGUGUGGGACUACGGGCACAGCGUGGAGCAAUAUGCCGCCCUGGGUGGCACCGCUCGCUCCAGUGUUGACUGGCAGAUCGCCCAGGUGCGAGCACUGCUUCGGGCACAGCAGGCCUAGGUCCCCCAACUCUGCUCCCAAAUAAAGUGGGUCCAAGAGGA